UAUCUUUUCUCGCUUUCUUCGUCUUCUAAAUUUAGCGGAAGAGUUGCAGAAUUAGGGUUAGGGCAUUCAAAUUGCAACAAUCUCCAUCAAUUUACCUGAUCAUUUAGGAUUCCUCUAAAUUUAGAGGAAGAAUUCCAGAGACGGUUUCAUAAUUAAAGAAUCUUCCUCCAUUUCUCCAAUGCGCCUCAUCAUAAAAAAUUAGCGAUGAAUUGACGGAUCAUAGAUUUCAAAAUAGAAGAACCAUCAUCGAAAAUUAGCAAUGAAUUGAUGGAUCAUAGAUUUCCAAAUAUUAGAACGUUGAUUCAAAUUAGCAAUGAAUUGAUGGAUCAUAGGUUUCCAAAUAUUAGAAGGUUGAUUCACUUUUCCAAUCUAUGAUAUAUUUAGUGGUGAAUUGAUGAAUUACAGCUUUCAAAAUGGAUAACACUUCCUCCAUUUAUGCAAUCUCAACAUCAACAAAGAUUAACGUGUAGUUGAUAGAUUCAGGCUUUCAAAAUAGAAGAUUCUUCCUUUACUUUUCAAUCUGACCGAUCGGGUAAAUUUAACGGAGAAAUUGAUGGAUCUGGGCUUUCAGAAUGUGAGAUGCUUCCUCCAUUUAUCCGCUUCAUCGAAAUUUAGAGAUGAAGUUGAAGAUUAGGGCUUUCAAAAUGGGAGAGUCGCUUUCUGUUUGUCCGAUUGGCUUUAUUUCUUCUCAGCUUCGAAAUCAGACUGUGGAGUUCCUCUUACACUCUGCAAUGCAACUCAAAAGGUGCCCACUCGUUAAAUACACUGCAUUAUCCUUUCUGGUUGACCGUUUUCUGCUAUCCUUUCAACUAGGAAAGAUCAGGUUUCCAUGUGAAACUACUGUCGGACAUUGGCUUUUGCGCCCCUUGAAUGAGAGCAAUUUACAGCUUUUCGCACUUAUUUCACUAUGGAUAUCAAGCAAGAUGCAUGACAUAUGUUCUUUAUCGGUGAAGAGUCUGAAGUCAUUGGCUGAUGAGAUCAUUAAAGAUCAGCAUUAUACUGUACGGGAUUUCAUUGAAGCUGAGUUGGUCUUCUUGAAGGUGUUAAGAUUUGAGAUUGGAGCAAUGAAUGUUACCUCUGUUUACAUGGAAGAGUUUCUAAAUGAAUUCAGAGAGGUAGCUAAAAAGGGGGAAGCUGUGAAAUUUGAUGUCUGCAUGGAUAUAUUGGAUCUCCUUUAUGAAACUGCGGAUACAUCUGUGCUCUAUCACUCUCCAUGCUUCCUAGCUGCUGCCACUCUGGUAGUUGCUUAUGUUCUCAGUGUCCCGAAUCAGAAGUCAGAAUUUCCUAUGCUAUCUUGGGAUCUACCAAGGUGGAGUCCAAAGGACGACUUCGGAUGGCCGUUAAAAGCGUGAAGGGCCGGAGGAGUGUUUGGCCAGGUAGACUCGGUUGACUCAACCCCUGCGGGGGUUCAGGAGGCGGUAGCCCUCGAGGAAAAUUUCGGAUAUCCAUACAUAGGAUUCGAUAUAUCUUGGAUUCGAUAUAUGUACAUGGGGUAUUUCGGUAAUUUGUACCAUUUAUUUGGGGCUCGAUAUAUAUUGUUGCGAUGGGUUUUUUUAGGGUUAAGGGAAAAACUCAAAUCUCUUUGUAAUAUGAGAGAACAUAGAGGUGUGAGGA